CUGCUUAUACACUGUUCUUUUGCACAUGUAUUGUUCAAUUGCAGUGUAAUUAUAUUUUGAUCUUUCGCCUCUUGCUAUAAGCUAUAAUUCGUUGGAAUUUUUUUAUUGAUUUUGUUAUGGGAUCUACUGGUGACCCAAGAGCUUGGGUGCCAUACAUGAACAUCAAAGACUGUUCCCGAGGUUUUUGUAGCUUGUAUUGUCCGCAAUGGUGCUACAUCAUCUACCCUCCACCACCUCCAAUACAAUUCACUGCUGCUAAUGGUUCAGCCCCAAAUUUCUCCCCUCUCGUGAUUGCCAUUGUCGGCGUUUUGGCCAGUGCGUUUCUUCUAGUGAGUUACUACGCAAUAAUAUCGAAGUAUUGUGGGAGGGUGGAGUCCAGUAGUGGAAGAGAGAAUGAUCAUGGAACCGAUGAAGUAGUGGAAGAUGAUGAUCACGACCCAUCUGUACAUGAGCCGUGGCAGAUUUCGACUACCGGAUUGGAUGAGGCUUUGAUCAAGUCCAUCACGGCUUUCAAGUAUAAAAAGGGCGAUGGUUUCGUUGAAGGUUCGGAUUGCUCGGUCUGCCUCAACGAGUUCCGAGAUGAUGAGAGUUUAAGGCUGUUGCCUAAAUGCAGCCAUGCUUUCCAUCUCCCCUGCAUUGAUACAUGGCUUCGGUCUCACUCGAAUUGCCCUCUGUGUCGAGCUAAUAUAGUGUUUAUCAAUGCUUCAGCAGCACCUCCGGUGACGGAAACUCCUCCAGGAUAUGAACAACGUCCAUUAACAAAUGAACAUCUAGCCGAUGAACAAGAUUCACAAAGAGACAGUGAAUUCCCCAAGACUCCGUCUCCGUCGCGUGCUUUCAGCGAUCUAGGCAGUGUGCAAGGAAGAGAUGCCGUGAUUCGUAUUAGAGAAGAAGAGUAUGUUCAACAGAUGAGAAGAUCAAUCUCCAUGGACCAUUUCCGUGAAACCCAAGUUUCAGGUCAAGAGGGAGAUAGCAGUAAGGUUAGCAGUAGAAUGAGUGUGUUGCAAUGUGUAAUGAACCCUGCUGCAAUGAAGAGAUCAUUUUCCAGUGGUAGAUUCUUUCUUGCUAGGCAAGGAAGAGUAAGAGAUUUAUCUAUUCCUCUUUGAAACCUGUAGAUUUCAAUGUGUAAUGGUUACAUAUGUAAUUGUAUAAGAUCAUAAGCCUAAGUGAGAACUACAAUCAUCUUGUGAAAUCCAAAACUUAUU